AUGUAUAGUGUAAGUAAAAUUGAAAAUAACUAUGACCAUUCCCUAAAAAUAAUUCUUAGUGGUGAUAGUGGUAGUGGGAAAACAAGUAUACUCUCUAGGUAUUUCGAAGAUAUAUAUAGUGAUGAAUUUCCUAUUACAUACACACAAGAUCAAAAAGAAAAAACAAUAAUUUUAGAAGAUAAAAAAAUUAAACUUAAUGUUUGCGAUACAGCAGGUCAAGAAAGAUUUCGUAUGAUUUGUCAUUCACCUUAUAGAGGAGUUCAAGGAAUAGUAAUAGUAUUUGAUCUCACCGAUUUCAAUUCAUUUGACAAUGUUAAAAGAUGGUAUUGUGAAGGCGAAAGAUAUGCAUCAGAAGGUACUCCUGUAAUAAUAGUGGGAAAUAAAAUAGAUUUAGUCGAUCUAAAAAAAAAUGAUCAAGUAGUUUCCAACGAAGUUAUUAAAGAAUUAGCGGAUAGCCUUGGUGCUCCAUAUAUAGAGACCUCAGCUAAAUAUAAUAUAAAUGUAGAAAAAUUAUUUUUAAAUAUAGUUCAAAAUAUUUUAUAUUAUAAAGGAUAUAUCUCAACAGUGUCACCAUCAAAACCAAUAAUUUUAAAAAAGGAACCAAAAGAUAAAAGUUGUAUUAUAAACUAA